AUGGCCUCUAACCCCGACCAAAAAGAUGAUCAAGUAUAUCAAGUAACAACAACUGCUGAUACCUCACAAAAUAUUUUCCCGGAGAGCCCAGUGUAUGAGCCAGAAGGGGAUGUAAUUGGAGAAAUUGACUCAGAAGUAAAGGAUGACAUUAACAUUUUAAAUAAAGUGCAAGAUGACAUACCUACUGCUCACCCAAAACGAAAGCUAUCUGAAGAGACAUGCGAUAGCAUUGCUAAAAUACAAAAACUUGACUUAAAGGAACGCAUAGACCUGGCUACAACUUGGUGUGAUACGCAGUCUUUAGACGAUGAGGUCACGAAAAUAACUAGUGUCGCUAAGAGAAAAUUGGAAGACGAUGUACCGUCUACAUCACGGGUUCGCACCCCAGUAAGAUCUAGCCCGCGAAAACUGAAAAGAAGUAACAGUGCCGAAGUUACUACUCCUAAAACACCCAAAACACCAAAGGUUCGCUCAGCCAGUGUGGAUGUUACAAAAAGGGGUAGACCAAAGAAAGGUCCAGUGGAAUUUACCAAAGAGAAUGAUAUUGUCAAAGUUGAAUCUACCAAGAAGGAAAAUUCUAGCAGACCUAGUGUCGAAUUUGUGAAAGAAAUUUUCCCAGAAAUAAUUCCUGAAGAGAGUGCAUCAGAAUCACUAAAUGACUCCCAAAAUGUACGUCUAGUAUUUACUCCAUCGCCAACAACGAAUGUAGACGAAAAGAUAGAAACUACAAAUUACAGCAGUGAACCGAUCCUUGUUACUGAUAGAAAAGAAAUUGUUGCUCCUGCUGAAAUUACUAAAGCAAAGAGUGAAGGAUACGAUUCUGCGGACUUUUUGACGAACUCUAUAGGCAAGGAAAAAGGCAAAACUACAGACCAAGAAAGCACUGACAGCAUAAGUUCCAUAGGUUUGGAUAGCCCAGAACAUUAUCCUACAGUCACUUCGAAGUUGAUCUCGAAAUUAUCCAAUGGCAACUCUUCAACACCAACUGACACGACUGUAGUAAAAAAUGGAUCUACUGACAAUAUAACUCCUGACUCUGCAAAAUUUAAUGGAAAUAAGGGAAAACGAGGGAAAAAUGAAUUUUACAGACCUAAUAGCACCACAACUCCAUCCACAAUAUCCCCAUUACAGAAUGGGCAUUCUAUUCCUAUAAGUACCCCGCAAAUACCCAUGUUCGAUAUUCACGUAUCGCAUAAUGAAGAUAACGAAUUUCUAUCUCUGUAUGUCGUGAGAAUGGAUAACGAUAUCGGUAUGGAUAUGUGCAAAGAGUACCAACGUAUAUCGAAGCGUUUUACGAUGGAUCCUUACAUGGGUGAUAUCUCAACGAGCAAUUCUCCAUCCAGUGUUACCAGUGGGGGACUUAUCAACCUUCCUAAUAGGACGUCCUUUGCUUCUACAAUCAGUUCCACCUCCACAUCUAGUAACAGAACUAGUGAUGGUAAUUUCGUCGUACCGCAACCCCCACGUAAGUCCGUAUCAAAUCCAUCAACGAGUGUUAAAGGAUAUGAAGCAUUAAUGAAGAAACUGCAAGAAAUUUUCGCACAUAUUAAAGAUUCGUGUGAUGAUGGUAGUAACAGGUCUUUGACUGACGAUAAAGUGUCAAUAGGAGUGCAGACGUCAGACCCGCUUAGCAACGGCAGUGCAAGUCCGGAAGAGGUCGGAAAAUUGGAUAAAGCAACACCCAAAAGCUCGUUGAAAAAAUCGAGAGUACGUGGCAGACGGCCAAUCGCUGGGAAAACUAAACGGGCUUUACUGCCCACCCAGCACGAAGAAGCUGAGUUUUCCUUAGUAAACUCUCCCGAGCCUACGACAAAUGGGGACAGUGGCAAAAUGUCACCCAAAUCGCCCAGGGACUCCAAAGACGAGAAGCCAUUAUCCAGCCUGGUUGGAACGCCCAAAUCGGUUACGAAAUUGAAAAAACAACGUCGUCCAACAUCACCACGCCCAGCGACACCUGUAGAAAAAAUAGUCACAAAACAGGAGUACCCAGGGUUUGCACCAGACACAGUGGUGUUAGCUAAAUGGGUUGACAAACGCUAUUAUUCAGGGAAAGUUCUAGAGAUCACAGAACCAAAUAAGUAUCUAAUUAAAUUUGAUGAUGGACAAAGCAAAGUACUUCUGGAUGAUUUUAUUAUAUUUGGUGAUAUGAAAAAGUUGCCGUUACAAGGACAGUCAGUGUAUGCAAUGGUGGAUGAAGACCAAAACUAUGAGCCCGGCUUGGUGUUGGGAGUAGAGGAAAAUAGUAGUGGCACUGUUACAUACAAAUGUACAACUGAUGGGGACACGAUAGUUAUAGUGACUGCAAGUGAGCUAUAUCUCACAGAGGACCAAGCGCGAUCGUUGAAGGAAUCAGCUAGACCGAGAUCACCGACCACGCCGACCACUCCGAGACGGCGGCACAACCGCGAACUUGAUUUAGAUAACAUUAUACAGGGACCCCGUAGCGCUCGGACUCGAGACAAAGCUGCUAAUUCGAGUGCAAGGAAACGUGUUGCGUCUCCAAAGAGUCCAAAAGCAUCAACAUCCGGAUUGAAAUCGAAAAACACGCCCAUCGCCGGUCGCAAACGCUUAGCCAGUGAAAGCAGUGAAAUGAGCGAGAGUAGCAACUCAGCGCCCCCUGUAAGGUUAGAGGAGGUGGCUGGUGUAGAGCCGGAAGUGCAGAAGACGCCUAGAAAGAUUGACGGGGUGAAAGCGGGGCCAUUGCAGCUUAAAGGCGCAGCCAAACAAAAUAUAGGCAAAAAGAAUUCAAAAUUGACCAAAUUCGAGAACGAUGAAGAUACAGUUUCGACUCUGGGACCCAUUCCUACUACUGGGAGCACUAUAUUUGCUGGACUUCACUUCUUGUUGACUUGUACAGACCAGCCGAAACCCUUGAGAGGCAAGAGCUCUGAAAAGGAUAGUGAAAGGAACCAAGAAACAAGGCACUACUCGUCUGAAGAAGACGGUGAGACCACGUCGUCUAUGAUUGGAACAGACACGGAAGAUUUGGAGUUCUGCGACCGGCCUUUUAACAAAGAAAGGUUGAAGGAACAGUUAGAGGCUAGUGGUGGAAUUGUCUACAGUGAUUUCGAAGAUGUUCCUAAGAACAAGUACUCCGUGUGCAAAUUGAUUGCACCUCGACCAUGCCUCACUAUGAAGUAUAUCCUGUGUCUUGCGGCGGACAUCCGAGCGGUGUCCCACGCGUGGGUCAUCAUGAGCUGCGGCGCUGGACGACUGUUGGACAUCGACGCCUAUGUGCUGCCCACUGGACUGGCUAUAAAUAACAAUACUUAUGUUAACUGGGUUCCAUCAACAGGCAAACGAAGCACCACCUUCUUCAAAGAAAAGGUUAUUCUCAUAUGUGGCGAUCAGGACACAUUUGUUAAGUUCUGGGACCGUGUAUGUUCUUUAGCUGGAGCGACUACGCGAGUUGUAAAUGAAGAGGAUUUGAACAUGUCUGGGGCAUAUGCCCUUGUAACAGACUGGGAUUGUCCACAUGAGGUUCAAAACAAAGCAAACCAAGACAACAUUCCACUUGUUUCCACCACUUGGGUGAAGCAGUGCCUGAUAGAGGGUAAGGUCCUUCCACCCACUAGCCACGAUCGAUUCUCGUUCAUGUAUACGGAGCCCGAAUGA